AUGGACUUGACGGCGCAGCUCGCGUAUCUACUCUCGUUUCUGCUUCUGCUUCUUCUGCCGCACGCCACGGCCUUUUACGUGCCCGACGGCCAGCGCAUCCCCGUCCUCGUCAACAAGAUCUUCUCGGACAACUCGCAGCUUCAAUAUGCCUACUCGGACCUGCCCUUCGCCUGUCCGGCCACCGCAAGGGCCGGCAGCAGCCAGAAUAUCCCCCUCAACCUGGGCGAGGUGCUGCGCGGAGACCGCAUCAGCCUGUCCGACUUCGAGCUCGAGAUGGGACAGAACGUCGCCUGUAAACCACUCUGUACCCGCCAGAUCGGACGCAGAGACGUAAACUGGGCGAAGAGCUUGAUAUCAGACGGCUUCGUGGCCGAGUGGAUCGUGGAUAAUCUGCCUGGCGCAACCAGCUUCAUCACCGUCGACAAAUCUCAAAAGUACUACACCACCGGCUUCAAGCUAGGGUACCAGGCUGUUUCAUCGACCAGCCGGCGGCCGACGCAUUAUAUCCACAACCAUUUCUCCUUCGUGAUUCGGUGGCGAGAUGCGCCGCGUGGUCGUGACGGGCAGAAAGUCAUCGUCGGCUUCGAGAUAUACCCCAAGAGCAUCAGCCGCGACGGCAGGAAGCGGGACGGGUGUCCCAGAGAUGUGCACACCGUGCAUCAUGGCUUCGAGCUAUAUCUGCAGCCCAACAACACCCGUCUUGCACAGCAGUACCCGGGCUCAUCUUACCUGCCGGAGAAUGACGACGAGGUGGACGACGGUGCCACCCUGUCCAUUCCUUACACGUACUCUGUCUUCUUCAAACGAGAGGACAAUGUAGAAUGGGCGAACAGAUGGGAUCUAUACUUGUACAGCCAGCAGGACGGUACCACCACGCAUUGGCUGUCAUUGUUAAAUUCCCUGGUGAUAUGUGGUGUUUUAAGUGUCACUGUGCUGGUCAUAUACCGUCGUACUGGCUAUGGAGACUCCAAAGGUCGAACAGACGGCUUGCUCGAGGAUGGCAAGGCCAGCAGGCUUCGAUCUCGAAAAUCCAGCGGCUCGGCUCCGGUUGUGGACGAGAAGUCGUCUAACGGUCUACUCGAUGGCGGUGCCGGUGCCGUUUCGGACGACGACCUCUCGUCUGAAGAGGACUUUGAUGAUGCUUCGUCGUGGAAGAGACUUCACGGCGACGUCCUUCGAACGCCAGCAUAUAGCGGUCUUCUUGCACCGUUUGUUGGAUCGGGCAUGCAGCUUCUCUUCAUGGCUACGGGGCUGUUAUCUCUAAGCUGCCUGGGAGUGCUGAACCCCAGUUUUAGAGGCGGCUUCAUCAGCGUGGGCGUUGGCCUGUUCAUCUUUGCAGGUAUAUUCUCAGGAUACUUCUCUGCUCGGCUCUACAGGACUUUAGGGGGUAUGAACUGGCGGAAGAACGCAUUCAUAACUGCUCUAUUAUUCCCCGGACUAGUCUUCUCCCUAAUCUUCGUUCUGAACCUGUUCGUGUGGGCUCAGGCAUCAAGUACGGCUCUUCCAUUUGGGACAUUGGUCGGUCUCCUUGCUCUUUGGCUUCUCAUCCAAGUCCCCCUCGUUUACGCAGGCAGCUGGUAUGGCUACGAAAGAUCGAAGCCAUGGAGCCAUCCAACGCGCACUAGUUCUAUUCCACGACCGAUACCUCCACAACCAUGGUACUCGGGAUCGCUGAGAGGAAUCAUUCUUGCUGGUUUUGCUCCUUUCGCCGUCUUGUUUGUGGAACUGGUCUUCCUGUUCCGCAACAUGCUACAGGACAAGGGUGGAUAUUACUACGUCUUCGGCUACCUAAGCAUAGUCGGGCUUCUGACUCUUCUUUCCAUCGCCGAGAUGGCCAUCAUAACUACCUACACCCUAUUAUGCGCAGAGGUAUGGUUCUCUACCCCCUUGUCAGCAGAGUUCCCUCGUGUUUGA